AUGAAGAGGAGUUUUUCUGUUCCCGCGUGGGUUUGCUGCCGGAACCAGGAUCCCUUCCCUCCCAGGAUCAUGAAUCUGCUCACUCUCUCCCUUGUUGCCAUCCUGGUCGCCACAGCACAUUCCCUGGUUUGCAAAUGUACCGCGGGGCCCGGCUGCAGCCUUCUAGGGACCUGUUCAGCUCCAGACUCCGGCGUCUGCCUGACAAUGGCACAAAAAAACAACCUGGGACUGCCCUGGUCAUCGAGGGUAUACAGAGCAUGCGAGCAGAACGCUCAGGUUUGCGAUGAGAAUGUCAUGACCCUCACCGUGGGAAAAGGACUGUACUGGACGAGCCGUACUGAAUGCUGCACCACCGAUAAUUGCAACGCUGCUUCCAUCAGCGUGCCGCCUGUGAGCCUCACCCCCAAUGGGCGGGAGUGCCCCGCAUGCUUCGCCGUCGGUUCUGACUGUGCGGGGCCUGAGACACAGAAGUGCACAGGAGACCAGGAUCACUGCAUCACCAUCUCUGGAACUAUGGAUGAAGGUGCCGUUUCCGUCCCAUUCAUAGCUAAGGGCUGCAGCACAGCCACGACCUGCCUUUUGCCUGUGGAGAAAGCCCUGGGGUCGACGGGGGUCACCUUAAAAUUCAAAAGCAUCACAUGUGACCCAGCACCUAGCGGCCAGAGUGGACACCAGUAUUUUUCCACGGCUGGUUGCAUAGGUGUAUAUAAGAGACCAGACUCAAGCGGUCUCUACCUUCAUCCAGUCCAUCGAGAACCCGACAUUCCCAGAGGUAGAACAG